ACAAACUUUGCCAGAUGGUUUACCUUUCUUCAUCCAUAGGAGAAAGCUUUUGCGGCAAUCGUCUUGGUUGGUCCAACCUCUUCUUCCCAACCCAAACUACCUUCUCUUUAAAUCAUAAUUUCAAUAAUCUUCCCCAGCCCAAAGUUUCUGUAACAUUGAGCCUGAAACAAUGAUCACAUGCUUUCAACCACCGAGGCUAAGCCUUGAAGAUGAUUCAGCUGUCCUCUUCUCAACAUCCGACUCGCCGGAGGAGUCCACCAGUCAGUCUUCCUCCUGUAACCACUCCCCCCUGCAGCAACACCCCAACCAAACAGCUUAUAAGCUAAGUGUAACUAAUCUAUCGUACACUAUUAGGGAAAAAGCAUGGGUAUCCAGCCUGAUUUUCCGUGGUGUGAAGCAGAAGCCAGUGAAUAUCCUGAAAUCAGUCUCUUUCACUGCUAGAAGCUCUGAGAUUCUCGCAAUUGUUGGCCCAAGCGGCACAGGUAAGUCUACACUCUUAAGAAUUGUUUCUGGCAGGAUAAGAGACAGAGACUUUGACCCCAAGAGUAUUAAACUCAAUGAUAAUGCAAUAACAAGCCAACCGCAGCUGAGGAAGAUAUGUGGGUUUGUAGCUCAGGAGGACACUCUGUUUCCUCUUCUCACAGUGAAAGAAACCCUAACCUUCAGUGCCAACUUUAGGCUCAAGGAGCUGAGUGGCAGAGAGAGAGAAGCUAGAGUUGAGGGCCUAAUGCAAGAGCUCGGUCUAGUACAUGUAGCCGACGGUUUUGUUGGAGACGGCGAGAAUCGAGGGAUUUCAGGUGGAGAGAGGAAAAGAGUGUCCAUUGGGGUAGACAUGAUCCAUGACCCACCAAUUCUUCUUCUGGAUGAGCCUACUUCUGGGCUCGAUAGCAGCUCUGCCCUUCAAGUGAUCGGCUUGCUUUCAUCCAUGGCCAGAACCAAGCAGAGAACCAUAGUCUUGUCUAUUCACCAGCCAAGUUAUAGAAUCAUUCAACAAAUACCCAAUUUCUUGAUCCUUUCUCAGGGCUCAGUCGCCCACCAUGGCUCACUCCAAGAGCUAGAGCUAGCCAUUACAAGACAGGGGUUCAAAGUCCCACCCCAGCUAAAUCCCCUGGAAUUCUCAAUGGAGAUUAUCUCCAUUCUGGAGGACUCGUAUUCUAAAAGCCACCCCUGUGAAAUAGACAGAAAAGAAAUAUGUCCCUCCUAUUCAACGCUGCAGAUAGAACUAGCCUACAAGCAAACCACUGUUGAUCCAUUUCUUUCAAGACUGUUUGAAAUAACGGUGCUCUGCCUGAGGUUCUGGAAAAUAAUCUAUAGGACAAAGCAACUAUUGUUGGCACGGACAAUGCAGGCUCUUGUUGGAGGGUUCGGUCUCGGGAGUGUUUACAUGAGAGUAAGGAAAGAUGAAGGAGGAGUUGCGGAGAGGUUAGGCCUUUUUGCAUUUAGUCUCAGUUUUCUUCUUUCAUCCACAGUCGAAGCUCUGCCCAUUUACCUUCAAGAACGCCAAGUUUUAAUGAAAGAAGCAUCCAGGGGUGCCUACAGGAUUUCAUCAUACCUAAUUGCCAAUACCAUAAUCUUCCUCCCAUUCUUAUUCAUAGUAGCGAUCCUUUUUUCUGUCCCUUUGUACUGGAUCGUGGGACUGAACCCCGCUGCUUCUGCUUUUGCUUUCUUCACGUUUGUGGUUUGGCUUAUAGUGCUGAUGGCCAGCUCUUUAGUGCUCUUUUUGAGUGUUAUAUCUCCAGAUUUUAUAUCUGGGAAUUCUUUGAUCUGCACUGUUCUUGGUGCCUUCUUUCUAUUUUCAGGCUACUUCAUUCCAAGGGAGUUCAUUCCCAAGUACUGGCUUUUCAUGUACUACGUUUCGCUUUAUCGGUACCCUCUGGAUUGUCUGGUCAUUAAUGAAUAUUGGAGUGAAAGAAAUGAAUGUUUUUCGAGAGGGGUUGGGGAUAAUUUAUCAGAAUGUUUGCUUACUGGGAGAGAGGUCUUGAAGAGAAGAGGAUUGGAUAAAGACACAAGGUGGAUCAAUGUCGGGAUUAUGUUGGCAUUUUUCGUGUUUUAUCGACUACUUUCUUGGAUUAUACUCUUGCGCAAGGUAUCAAAAACGAUGUUGUAAUUCUGAGAUGUUGAGAAUGUUAUACGUUUCUUCUGAUGUAAUUUCUAAACAUUCAGUUGUAUGACAACCGACAUUUAUAAAUACAGUAAAACCUCUAUAAAUUAAUACUCUAUA